AUGGAAGGACCGUGGUCAUUCGAGCAGACAGACAGUCACGCUCGAAAUAUAGGAGCAUGGAUUGUUGCCAACGAGAAGGACGAGAAAUAUUUGAUCCAAAUUUCAUGGCCACUGGAGUGGCCAUUGGGUGAGCAAGCUGAAGUCACCGACUCAGUCAACGCAAUACAGCUUCUCGAUGGGAAUGCCAUGUUCCAUUCCGCAACAGACAUAGUGCGUCGGCGUAUGGUACAUGGCGCUCAAAAGAAUACCGUUAUAAUUGGCAUUUCCUACCCGUUGACCGACUCUGUAUUCAGUCCUCGUCGCGGCUAUGAUCUUACACCUCCAUGCAAAGAGUACAACCCUCCCAAGGGUCCAAAUAGAGAGCCAUAUCUACAGCUGCAUGGGGGUGUAGAUGCCUUUUUUCAAUUCAUCACGAAUAAAGUCCGCCAUCUUGUGUUCUGCUCGACAUUCCCUCGAGUUUCCGUCAGUGAGACAGCUUUGUUUGGACAUUCUUACGGAGCGCUGUUUGCUCUCCAUGCACUUUACGCAGCACCCUCCAGCUUUGAUGCAUUUCUUGCGGCCAGCCCGUCAAUAUGGUAG